GACUGUUCCGUAUACCCGCUCUCUUUUAUCCCCCGUAGUCGUGCGACACGUUGUCGUCGGACGUUCACGACAUAUACAUAAAUACGUGCCGGCUCUUCCAUAUUUAUCUACCAGGAUGCCACCCAAGAAAGUCGAGGAACCCGAGCGGAAACCCCUGAUCGGUCGUGUUGGUACCAAUCUGAAGGUCGGCAUCGUCGGUAUACCCAACGUCGGCAAAUCUACGUUCUUCAAUGUUCUCACCAAGAGUCAGGCAGCCGCUGAGAACUUCCCCUUUUGCACGAUUGACCCCAAUGAAAGUCGAGUACCUGUACCAGAUGCCAGGUUCGACUACCUCUGCGAGUACUUCAAACCUGCUAGUAAAGUUCCCGGAUUUCUCAAUGUCGUCGACAUUGCUGGUCUGGUUAAAGGCGCAGCCGAAGGUCAGGGUCUUGGUAAUGCCUUCCUCUCCCAUAUCAGUGCCUGUGACGCGAUUUUCCAUCUUUCACGUGCUUUCGAAGACGAUGACGUGACUCAUAUUGAGGGUGAUGUAAAUCCUGUACGCGACCUGGACAUCAUUAACGAAGAACUACGCCUGAAGGACGUAGAGUUCCUGAACGUCCAUCUAGAGAAAUUGGAGAAGCUAGUAGUACGAGGAAAUGAUAAGAAACUAAAACCUGAAUAUGACACGUUACUGAAGGUCAAGAAUAUCCUGGUGGAUGAAAAAAAGCACAUUAGAUUUGCAGACUGGAGUGCCAAUGACAUUGAGAUACUUAAUAAAUAUCUAUUCCUCACAUCAAAGCCAGUCAUCUAUUUAGUGAAUCUAUCGGAAAAGGAUUACAUUCGUAAAAAGAACAAAUGGCUUAUCAAGAUCAAGGAGUGGGUUGAUAAGAAUGAUCCUGGCUCAAUCUUGAUCCCUUUUAGUGGCGUUUUUGAGAACAAAGUCCUCGAUAUGGACGAAGCUGAACGAGCGAAAUAUUUUGAAGAGAACAAGAUAACCAGCGCCUUGGAUAAGAUCAUCGUUCAAGGAUACAAGGCCUUGCAGCUACAAUACUUCUUCACUGCUGGUCAUGAUGAAGUCAAAGCUUGGACAAUUCAGAAAGGGACGAAGGCACCCCAAGCAGCGGGCAGAAUUCAUACAGACUUCGAGAAGGGUUUUAUCAUGGCCGAAGUCAUGAAAUACGACGAUUUCAAAAACGAAGGUUCCGAAGCGGCAGUCAAGGCGGCUGGCAAGUAUAGACAACAAGGUCGUAAUUACGUGGUGGAAGAUGGCGACAUUAUUUUCUUUAAAUUUAAUGCUGGUGCUGGACUAAAAGAUGCUAAGAAGAAGUGAUGGCACGCCCUUCUCAUGUUACUGCUUGUCCAUCUUUAUAUCAAUAUGAUCCUGCUCUCCUGUUGUACAUGGCAACUCUCUGACCAACGUAAAAUUCUCCAUCUCUGUCUAUAAUAUUUUUUUACAACUCUUGUAAGUGUGCGCGCGCACUUUCUUAUGUGGCAAAUUGAGUAUAUUAUGUUAUAAUUAUUAUUGCAUUGAAUACGAUACUUCGCAUAGAAUCCACGCUUGUACUAUUUUUGUCUGUUACAUAAUAUAACAGAGUUUUACUCGUAUCUGAGCAAUGGAGUAUGCAGGCAGUUGGUGUGACUGAUAAAGAUAUGUGGAAGAAUGCAAAAAAUGAAAGUUUAUGAAAGGGUUUAUUUUCGCCCGAGCAUUUCUUUAUACUCUUCUGUAUUUAUUUUACAUAAUGUUCAAUAAAUUGAUGCAAACACCUGUUA